GGAGUUAUCUCAUUUUGGAACCAAACUCUUCAUAUAUUUAGAUUGACCAAAAAUGCGCAAUACCACAAUCUGACCAAUAGGGGCCACAAUAAACAACUAAAUCAAACGUUAGAACCCGUGUCAUUGAUAUGAGCACCAUUAGACAACGUUUUAUAACAUUUAGUACUGUUUUGUGUCAUUUGCUAACAAACAGUCUCGAACAUACUUCAUACAAAAUCCAAAUAAAUAAGUGCAAACUAUGGAAUAUAAAAAUCCUUCUGCGCAUUCAAUCGUUUUAACCUAAAUCUUAAUUGUCAAACUUUCCAGGUACAGUUCCAUCUGGAAGCAACGCCCCUACAUGAAUGAACCAAUGGUGGACGUGUCCGCAUGAGCUCUUUGUGGUCACGUGACUCGCAGUUACACGUAGUUACACGAUGAAAUAAAUGAUCUCAGUCUCUUUAAUUGAAGCCAAUCUGCUGUUUUGGGGGACCGAGCUACAAAGUAGCUUUGAUUUACAAAUAUCAAUCAUGUCAGAACAGGCAUUUGUCACCUUAGCCACAAACGAUAGCUAUGCAAAGGGAGCUAUGGUGCUUGGGAAAUCCCUUAGGAACCACAAGACUUCCAAAACGCUGGUGGUGCUCAUUGGUCCUCAUGUGUCAGAUCAGUCCAGGUCUGUGCUUCAUAAGAUCUAUGAUGAAGUCAGGCUGGUGGAUGUGAUGGACAGUGGUGACACAGCACAUUUGGCCAUGAUGAAGAGACCUGAUCUUGGUGUCACGUUUACCAAACUGCACUGCUGGACACUCACGCACUACUCUAAAUGUGUCUUUAUGGACGCAGACACGUUGGUUGUAUCAAACAUAGAUGAGCUGUUUGACAGAGAGGAGUUGUCUGCAGCGCCGGAUCCAGGCUGGCCCGAUUGCUUUAACUCUGGUGUGUUUGUGUUCCGGCCGUCUAAUGAAACAUACGGCAAACUUCUCCAGUACUGUACAGUGCACGGCAGCUUUGAUGGAGGGGACCAAGGAGUCUUAAACGGCUUCUUCUGUGACUGGUCAACUGCUGACAUCACCAAACAUCUCCCUUUCGUCUAUAACAUGAGCAGCAUAGCAAUCUACACUUACCUUCCAGCAUUUAAACAAUAUGGCGCAAAUGCAAAAGUCGUCCACUUCCUGGGGCAGAUAAAGCCAUGGAGCUACACUUAUGACCCCAAACAGAGGAGAGUGCGAGGGGAACUCCAGGAGGCAACCUCUCACCCCAGUUUCCUCGUGGAGUGGUGGAUUCUCUACAGUAGUGAAGUCAUGCCCAUGCUGCUCAGAGCGUAUGGAGACCUGCCCUUCCACUCCGGCUGUGAGGAGAAUGUUGCACAGCAUGAUCUGUCCUCCAUGACCUCAGAAGAGCGCAAGCAGAAGUGGGAACAAGGUCAGGCCGACUACAUGGGAAUGGACUCCUUUGACAACAUUCAGAAAAAACUUGAUGUUUUCCUAAAAUAAAAACAAACUGUCGAAAAGCAAUUUAACACCAUUAAUGCUGACCUACAGAGUAAAAUAAAAAAGCAUAGACACAUACUGUUACAGUCCUUUGGGAAGCAAGUGAGCGCAUUCUUUCAGCUAUGCAAUACUGUCACACUGCGCUAAAUCCCUUAUUCUUUCUUUUUCAUACACUUUGGAGCAUUUGUGAGUUGUCAGAAUCUCAACCUUCCCAAGCAAAUUUUGGGAUCUAUAACGGGAGUUUUUUUUAGUUUUCGAGUCAACCACCUGCCAGCUUUUUAUUUCGCAUAGUCACUUUAUUGGCACUUUUAGGUCACCUCUGUGAACAAAGUUUAAAUUAAGUAAUUAUGUUUUUCAGGCGUCCCAAGGUCCUGGCCCUUGGUCCAUUUCUAAACCAGCCCUCUCCUCUCUCCUACUUCACUUCCUGUCAUCUCCCUACUGUACUGAAUAGACCACUUCAGAUAAUGUAAACACUGGUCCAGCAGCGCUUUCAUUUUUUAUUUUACUUUGCAAUCUUAUAUAUAUAUAUAUAUA